CCAGCUAUGGCAGACACGGCAGUUGCUCACUCUCUCUCGCAAGCGAGCGAGCGAGCGAGCUCUGCUUGCUGUCUUCACAGCUUAGCGAGCAAGAGAGCGAGGGAGAGAGAGAGACGCAUCCAUUCUUACGGGCAAUGGUGCAAGUGUAGCCUGCUGCAGAGAUGGCAAUGGCGUGCAGAAGUAGCAGAAGCCCGAGCUGGUACGAGUUCUCGGACGUGGCUGUGGCGCGAGUGCCGCAGCUGACGAGCCGGGGGAGGAUUACAGGGCAGAAAUUGGUCGGGCAAUGGCCUCGAGGAUUGGGAUUAGGAUUGAGAGUAGUAGGACGGGGGUUGAGUGUGCGGAGAGGGACGAGCAGGCGGGCGAUUGUUCGGGUUCGUGCGAGCUUCGAGCUCGCGGAGCAUUUGCAUGGGCUGGUGGUAGGUGUGGGAGUGGGAUUGCCGUGCACGGUGAUGGAAUGCGGGGACGUAGUGUAUCGGAGCACGUUGCCACGGCAGGGAUUUCAGAUUACCACGCCCGGCGUGGCGCUGACGGUGCUUAUUGUUACGUAUCUUUGGGCGACUCCAGGCGUAUUCAAGCACACGAUAGGCUGUUUUCCUUGUGGAAAGACCUUUUUCAAAACUGGAGUGGCGCCGGGGUUCUGGGACAUGUUUGUGCUUGCCCCUUUGGAAAAUCUAUUUCGCCCUGUGUUUAAGAAAGAGGAUUUAAGUCUUGGGAAAAAACUAGGCGAAGGUGCUUUUGGAACUGUCUUCAAGGCAUCCCUCUCCAACAAGCAGCUGUUGAAAAAAGAUGGCCCAUUGGUAGUGAAGAGGGCUAAUGAAUACGGCGCCGUGGAGGCUUGGAUGAAUGAGCGUGUGAGACGCGCUUGCCGGAAGAGUUGUGCAGAUUUUGUUCAUGGUUUUCUUCACGAGACUUCUAGUAAGGGGAAAGAGGAAUUUUGGUUAUUGUGGAGGUAUGAAGGAAACGCAACUUUAGCUGACCUGAUGGCCAACAGGGAUUUCCCUUACAACGUAGAAGAACUGAUACUCGGACCACGGAAAGGGGAAGAUUUGCCCCGUGGUCCUGAACGUCAGAACAGAAUAGUGCGGUCCAUUAUGCGACAGAUUUUGAGCGCUCUGGCUCAAUUGCAUGCAACUGGGAUUGUACAUCGUGAUAUCAAACCUCAAAAUAUUAUAUUUUCGGAAGAGACGAAGUCUUUCAAAAUUAUAGAUCUAGGAGCCGCAGCGGACUUAAGAGUAGGGAUCAAUUAUAUUCCGAAGGAGUUUUUACUGGAUCCCAGGUACUCGGCGCCAGAGCAGUACAUCAUGAGUACUCAAACUCCCUCAGCCCCUCCCGCUAUAAUUGCAGCCGCUCUUUCUCCAGUGCUUUGGCAAAUGAAUCUUCCCGACAGGUUUGACAUCUACAGCGCGGGUCUCAUUUACUUGCAAAUGGCAUUUCCGAAUCUUCGCACUGACAGCGGGCUCAUUUCUUUCAACCGACAGUUCAAACGCAGAGAUUACGACUUGGUGAAAUGGCGGAGUUUAGUAGAGGGCAAGCCAAACCAGGACAUUAUGCAGGGGUUUGAGAUCCUAGAUCUGGAUGAUGGUGUGGGAUGGGAGCUCGUUCAAGACAUGUUACGGUUUAAAGGCCGCAAGCGUAUUAGUGCAAACGCCGCACUUGCACAUCCUUACUUUGAGAGAGCCGGAUUCCUUGGACUUUCCGUCAUGCAAAGGCUAAGGCUGAAUCUAUUGCGAGGUUCUCAACAGGACAAUCAAGGUGUUUAUUGGGUGACUUCACUCAUGGCGAAAUCUGGAACCGACAGUGUGGGAGGGUUCACAGAAGCCCAGUUACAAAACAUACGGGAAAAGGAGCCAGUUACGAAGGGUUCAGUCCGACGCAAUGCUAUGGCGCAAGCAUUGAGGUUGCAGCGAAAAGCUGCUCGGACAAUUGCAGCAACUGUGGAUGAAAUCCAGAAGGGUGACGUUGUUAAACGAGUUAACUGGUGGAACCGUUGGCAAAAUUAGGAAUACCAGUUGAUUGGGUCUGCUGGUCAUGAGCUGAAUGCAAUCUCAGCGUGCAUCUUCCGAGGUCUCCUAGCGUUCUGUAUGCCUUGUAACACUGAAUGCAGCUUUGUGAAUGUCACCUGACGGUCUGGACACUUAACGUCGGGGGUCACUGGUGCAGCUACAUAGUUAAGAAAUAUGUAGUUCUAGAUAUCAGGUCUAUAGAUUUGAGUUGUGUGCAAGAUCUUCCUGAUAUCUUUGAUGAUGAAAAUGAUAAAUGUAGAAAUGUAAACUACCAUUUGUAUAUGAAUUUUGUAACCGACUGUGGGAUGUUCAGUUUGCGAGUGCACGAAAGAUCUCUAUCUUGCUUCUGUGCUCUUCGACUCGAGGGCUUCCUUACAGUCUGUGAUUUCACAGCAA